AUGUUCGCCUCGGGUGGAAGCCGCUGGGAAUGGGAGCCGGUGGUCCGCAAUGACCUCUUGGCUCGGGGUUUCCAUUCCUGCAACGUCGUGCAAGGAAAGUUCCUGAUCUUUGGGGGGCUGAAGACUCAAGACACCCAGGAGCCCCCCCUGGGAGACGUGGUGGCCUUUGACCCAGCCGUCCAGACGGUGCGCACGCUUGCUCCGGAACACGGCUACCGACGCAGUCACCACCAGGCGGUGGUGCUGGGUGACCACUUGCUGUGUGUGGUGGGUGGGUGGGAUGGAUCUCGCAGGGUCUCGGAUGUCUGCAGCUUCGAUGUGGAGCAGAAGCAGUGGGAAGGCUGGGCAGCCAGGACAUCCGAGACCCCCGUGGGGCUGAGCAGCCAUACUUGCACCAAGCUGACGGAGCAUGAAUUGCUGGUGGUGGGCCGGGAGGGCGGUCUGCGCACCCAGCGGCGUUACGCCAGCAUCUUCACGUUGCACCUUCAGCCUAGCAGCAAGACCUACUGGUACAAAGAAGAGGAAUCCCGGACAGCGUCCCGAGCCGGCCACUCUGCCAUGCUGCUAGAGGAUUAUGGCCCGCAGGGAAAGAGCAGCGGCUACAAACUCUUGGUCUUUGGAGGGCGCGAUUCUGCGGACUGCGAUGUGGCCGGACAUUGGGGCAAAGGAAAGGUCCACGUAGAGUCUACCCAGGCCCCGGAGCUGACCGAGCAGCUUGCUCACUUAGUGGCCACUGAAAAGGGGUCCCAGCAGGCCCCCAAGGGCCUAAGGCACCAUUCCUGCACGGUGGUUGGGCCCUUCGCGGUCAUCUUUGGGGGAGAGUCCCUGACGAGGGGUCGAGACGCCAUCUGCAAUGAGCUUUACAUCUACGACGCCAGGGCGUCGCCAGCCAACUGGUUCCGCUUUCCUUCUUCGACCCAUGCGCAGAAGAGAUGCGGCCACCGAACGUGCCUCUGGAAUGACAAACUCUACCUGGUGGGUGGGUUUGGGGCCGAUGGGAAGACCCCUUGCCCAGAGAUCUGCAGCUUAAGGAUAUCGCCAUGAAAGCCGGGAUUUUGCUCACCAGCUGGGACCACCAAAUGCUUCUUCCACCACUCCCGAAGUAUCUUUCUUCUUGGCUCUGGAGAGUUGGCCCGCUCGGAUGGCGUAAACGCACCCACGCAUGUCAUAAAGACGUCUCUUUGGGCAGACAAAUAUCUUGACGCAAACCAAAAAUGCCAGCAAGAAGUCUCCUCCUUAAAUAACUGAGGUGUGUCCCCAGUUUAUGAAUAAAGUUUUGCCCAAUUUACAAAUAAAAGUUUUGACUUUC